CAGAUCCAUUAUUUGAACAUCACCGAUAAUGAAAGUUAUGUAUGUAAAUAGGUGUCAGAUGCCACACCUAAGGUAAGAUAGAUCAGACCUAUUAUAAUUUAUAAUAUUGUAAGCCCUAAUUCGUUGGUGGGGCUCGGCCAACACUAGUUCCGAUUUGUGGUCGCUAUCUAGACGCUGAAGAGUUCGAGUCUCAACACAGGAGAACGUGGGUCAGAUGACAGAUGUAACUUCACAACUUACAUCGGGGGGUUUGUACGGAUUAUACUCGGUUCCAAUAGCUCUGAGAGUAUGUCACAGGAGCCAGAGAUGAAUUCUGCUGCUCUGAGUGCUGCCAAGUUGCAGCUUCGCUCAUCAAUGAAGCAGCGACUCGCAAACCUCUCGCAAGAAUCCAUCUUAUCUCAGAGCGCAAGAGUCUUCGACUCGUUAUGCAAAUUCAAACCGUACGUUGGUGCGAAGAGAGUAGCGGUCUACCUGUCUAUGCAUGGUGGGGAAAUCCAGACAGAUCCUAUUGUUAGACAUGCUUUAUCUUCGGGCAAGCAGGUAUUCGUGCCUUACUUACACAGAUCCGGCUUACAACUAAACGAUGGACCGACGAGACUUAUGGACAUGGUAAGUCUGAAGGACGUCGAGGACUACGAGUCUCUAAAAAGAGACAAGUGGGGCAUCCCAAGUGUUGACGCCUCUACGGUGCACGAAAGAAAGCGGAGUGUGGGCGAGCUUGAUGGCAAAAGAUCUGAGGAUAUCUCGCUGGAUUUAAUCCUUAUGCCUGGUGUUGCCUUCGAUGUCGACCCACAGUCUAAAGCCAUCCGAAGGCUAGGUCAUGGCAAGGGUUUCUACGACUAUUUUCUCCAUCGAUAUGCAUUGGCUGCUUCACCCGAAGAGAAGACACGAAAUGGUCGACCAGCUGUAUUAUUAUAUGCUCUAGCCUUGAAGGAACAACUUAUCUCCCCGUCUUCGGGAGAAUCUGUUCCGGUUGGACCCCAUGAUCAACCAAUAGAUGGCCUCUUUCUCGGAGAUGGUCAAAUCAAAGAGUCUGCGAAUAACGGCGACGCAAACUAAAAUGAGCACACCUUGACCAAGUUUGGGCGUCCCUGAUUAUCCAUGAUUAUCCGCAAUAAUAUCCUUAUGGAUAUGCAUAAAAGCGCAAUCCUUAAUAACUUCCCCAGCUGCAAUCGUUUCUUGAUCUUUUCAUACGGCUUCUUGGAUCAACGACACGUUGUCACCCUUUAGCAAGAUUUGUCCUAAGUGUCUUCUCUUCUCCUCUGUAUUUGUCUUUGUGAUUUGCUUUACUUCGACCGCGUCAUCAAUAACAAGGUUCAUGAAUUCGUCGAAUCCCCUAAUUUUACCCUCGAUUCUGAUUGACAAUUGUUCAUAUAACCAGAUCUUGACAGUCGCGUGUGUUUGGAGAAGCUUGAAGAUGAAGUUGAUGGGAGGAAGCAAGAUCUUGCGUCCGCCACCGCCGCCACGACCGGUCAUCUUGAUAUAUUUGAGUGUGAGUUAGUACUAGAUAUUCCUUGUCGGCGUAUUGACGAGUUGGCUGGACGUAGAAUCGGAAAGUACAACAAUGGCGCGUGGGUGUAUUAACGUAUCUUGUUUGAUUUUUGGUAGUAAAUUGGAAAUUGGACAAGGC